GGACUAUAUAUUGGAAUAAUGACAAAUAAGAUGAGCCAAAAAAUGAAAUACGUGGCUGACGCACGCUUCUAAAUUGUCUGACCCUUAUACGGCUGGAAAUCAUGGUACGGUUUACAAGAAAAGAAAGAAAGAAAUAAUAAUAGGUACCUACGCCUCUAACGAGGUAAACCGUGCGAAAAAGAGAGCCGUGUAUUUAAUUAGUUAUCCGAAAGCAAGGUGUAACAAUAAGGCAAUAUAUAUGGGAACGAUCCUGUUAAUAAUACCCGUGGGAGAGGUUCUCAUUCAGGUUAAUGUGCUGGCUGUCUCUUGCUAUUUCCUUCCUUCCUUUUACUUUGCCUUUUACUCGAGCUACUCUCUAGGUCAGGGACGAGCCCUUUGAUCAAUCGGAGACUGAUAAGAUUCUCGUCUUUUUCUUCCUUGUAUUUAUCUUCUUCGUUCCUCUUCAUUAGUUACGGUGCCGUCAGUUAAGAAUAUUCUUCUUACUCAUCAUCCGUAUAUCAAGGAGAAUGCACUCUGGAUAUGGUGUGUCUAACGUUUCCGUCCUGUGACUCUGGAACAUUCUGAAAAACUCCAAAGAAGCAUCUAGACUGUGGAUUCACGUAGGACAUAUUAUUCUCAAGGAUGUCCUUGGAUUAAUUUUGUCGGAGACCAUGGGGUCGCGGUUAGUGAACACGGACAAUGCGCAUCGUGAACUCCACCUCAUAGGUCCCAGGAAGUGACGUAUAAUUCGACGUUUCCUCAGGCGUAAGACCGAAGAUAAUAAGAAUCUGAGAUAUAUUCUUGGAUAUCCAUAUAAGCGAGGUGUACGGACUAACCCUUGUAAAUUAAUCUUUGAAGAUAACGGAAUGGCAAUAGGGAAGCUCUUGAAGACUUCCGGUGAAAAAUAUAUAGGUUGUUAAAACCGUAUACGGAGAUUCUAGUCGUUAAAUAUGUGUUUAUAUCUUAGACAGAUGGGAAGAACGUAGAGUCUAUUGAAAGCUACAAAACUGUAAUCGUUCAUGAACACUGGUUGAGCAUGAAUGAACAUUGCUGAGUGCAGUUCACAGUGCGUCUUGUACUUAAAGGAUAAAAAGAGUGCAUUGCGACAAACGGUCGGCGCGAAAAGAAAGUGGCUGUCAGGGGAAUUGUCGACUCGUCACGCAGUCUGGCAGGGGUGAUAUUCCGGAGCACAAUCGUAGGAAGUAGGAUGGGCACCGGAAGUAGCCCCAGGAACGGUAAACACCUGGGUAUUCAAAAGUUCCUCUCGUUAUUUACUUGCGUCCGCUCAUCAGGCACGGACUAUCGAAAAAGUUCUCUACACUUGGCUGGAUGAUAAUUGGUGUUUAAAUGACAAGUAAUUGAAUAUUAAAAUAUAUUCGAAUCCGCAUAAUAUAUAAAUACAGUGAUUUGUGUAUUUGGUGUAGAAAAAUUCGGGACUCAUUCGGAGAGUGUUCUCAAAGAUGAAUAGAAUUUUGUCAUGACAACUGUGCUACGUAGGAUUGGUUGCAACGAGAACUGUAAGUGCAUUCUUUGCAAAGAGCUACAGGACGUCAGGAUGAAUAGCAUCAGCCAGAACAACGUGGACACUGGGAAUUUCAUACUGAGGAAGGCACAUCCGUUUGAUAAUAACAAUGGAUAUGCGAAAAGGUGGUCGGAUGGCGGAUACGAGAAUUCGGUGACUCUGGAGGAUAAGAGUUCACGGUGUGACUUGGUGAAUAAGCCAAUACCCAGGACGCCGUUGUCAUCCUGGAAGGAGAGGAAGCAAGAUAAUGACGUGAAUCAUAAGACUGUGAUAUACUUUGGAGAUUCCAGCCAGAGGAACAAAAAGAUCUCUGUUGCCUGUCAAGAUUCUGUAACCGUGGAAGUAUUAUCCGAGGAUAGAUAUGAUCCUGAUAUGGAUGAGAAGGAGUCAGGCGAUGUGGAGCAUCCUCAGGAACCUGUCGAGGACUCUAAUGUCAUGCAUGAGAUUGUUCUCAAUGUUAGUCCAAGCAGAGAGGACGUUUUGAGGAUUGAAGAGGACGAUAGUCAAAUCGAAGACUAUUGGUCCUUGCCAGGAGACACUACAGGAUUCAAGGCUGAUUGGAGUUUUGUACAGCAAUGGCGUCUUCGCGGGCCAGGAGGCAACGCAGGACGUGAACUCUAUUGUCCCCCUUACACCAAGGACUCUCAGGAUAAUCAGAGUAAAGCCGGUGUUCACAACAUGGUGCACAUGGUAGCAGAAAGGGAUACUGAUACCGUCGCACCGACGCCGACUCCACAUUAUCCUCAUCAUCCCCAGCAUCAUCAUCUUAGUCUCCACGAGUUAAGAGUUCUCCAGAGGAGACCAGAGUGCACUGGUAACAGUUCCUCAGAUGAGAACCGAUCCUCAGGACAUGCCAGCAUGUCUGACACCGGUGGACAUACAAGCAGUAGUUCACCACCUCAUAGACACCACAGGAUGCACAGUCCUCAGCAUUUAAAUUCCGUUCCUGAGGAUGAUAGACUCUCGGCAUCGGUGACACAAAGAAAUGGCCGGGGUAGAUCUGGUCAGAGUAGAAAUCGGAAUCGUGCUACUCCGGCAAAGUUGCAAGUACCCUGGUCUGGUUCUGGUCUGGAGGAUAUAAAACUGGCGAUCCAGCAGUUGACGAUGCGUUCCCACACGUCGACGUCCACGUAUUCGUCUUUGAGCGGCUCCGAGAGCUCAGAACCAGCUGUACGAAGACUCAUGAGACACUCCAGUCUGGAGACCAUCAACACCAAUGUAACCAGUGCGGAUGAAUUCGUGUGGGUCGAUUCGCACAAUAGACUCGUGGAACUUCAGCAACUUCCCUGGACGCACCACGACGUUCUCCGUGUUCUCCAAAAUGGCAGAACUCGUGAGCACAUGGAACAAGUCUCCAUGGAGACGAUUCCCAGGCUUUCUUAUCUCCUGCAACGUGCUCUGGUUAGGAUUGGUCGAGAAACUCAGAGAUUGGCCAAACCACUGGGUCUAUGUAGCAAACACGAAGUUUACAGUGCAUUUAAAAUUGUAUUGUGUCCGGCCCUAGCAGAUUCUUGUACCAAGGCCUGUCUCAGAGCAGCUGCCAUGUUUGCUGUCUCAGGAGAUCAACUGAAGCAAUCGAAAGCAUCACGGGCUGGUCUUCAACUUCCGGUUGGUCGUUUCCUGCGUUGGAUGUCGGAUGUUAAACUAGGGAAGAUGGUGCACGAGUAUGCUGCUAUAUACUUAGCUGCUGGGAUAGAAAACUUAUUGGAGGAAAUACUCUUGCAGUGUUUACCAUCUGAACAACAUACUACUUUGACUGCAACUAUGCUGGAACACGCCAUUGCUAAUAAUGGCGAUCUCUGGGGUUUGCUUCAGCCAUAUGCUCAUUUGAACGCUGGUAGAAUAGCUUCCGGUGCUUUGGCUAUGCCCAGGUGGGCCAGUGUUAGUUCCCUGAGCUCCACAUCUUCUUCAAGGAGUGGUAGGGAUGUUGGUAACACCCUUGAACCAUCCUUGCUAACUACCUGUGUGGGUUCGAUGACAGAAUUACUAGAGUUGAUAUCCAAAGUUGCCCAGUCAGGAAGAUGUCCGGUACCUUUAACCACCAAAGCCUUGACCGCUUUAUUUUACUACAUGAGGUGUUCUCAGUUGGAGCACGGUGAACGAGGUUCAGGAAUUCAAGAACUGGCAUACGAAAGGGCUUAUGUAGUACUGCCACCAUUGGUUGAAUGGCUCAGAGUGGCGACAGCACAUACAGAGCAUCGUCAUGGAAACUUGGUGGAUCAUGAUGACAUUGCUCAGGCUGCACGAUUACUUCUGCCAGGAGUAGACUGCCCUGUUAGGCACAUAUGUUCUGAGGAAGUGACGCUAUGUUCAAAACGUACAGAAGAUUCCGAAUACGUUAGUAGACUCAGCCAGGAGAUGGCCUUCAAGAUGCUCACCAGUGGCCGUCCUGAAUUAAUAUCCCAGGCGAUGAGUCUUCUCCCAUCUUCUAAAAUCAAUACCGUCAAUGACAGCGGAUUCACAGCGUUAAUGUUAGCUUGCAUAAAUGGCGAUGAGGUCGCUGUAGCGGCUUUGCUAGAUGCUGGAGCUGACUUAAACAUGGAGAGUCCUGCUCCACCUAGUAGUCAAUCUUCAGGAACACCUUCGAGGGCUCCAUUCCUUGGAGGCAGUCCAAAGAGUCCAACUAAUCAGCCAGCUGGAACACCCACGAAGAACACAGGAAAUUCAAAUUCUCUGAACUCUUCAAGUGGUAGCAGCAGUAACAUUUGCUUCGGGCAGAACGGUUUUAAUGCUGAAACUCAACACUGGACGGCCUUGACUUACACGGCUCUUCUUGGAUACUGUAACAUCGCCAGGAUGCUUCUGGAACGUGGAGCAGCAGUGGAAGGUGGUGCUAAGCUCAGUGAAGACAAAUGCACCGUGACACCGCUACAAGUUGCUACAGCAUCCGGAAGCAAUGAGAUGGUAGCACUUCUUCUGGCACACGGUGCUCAACCUUUUCUUUCUACACUAAUGAAGGACACGUUCUGCUACUCCGGUUCAGCACAACGUGGCUGCUACAGCGCUAUCUCCGUAGCCACUGCCCACGGACAACGUGGCUGUCUCCAUCAACUCCUAUCGCAUCCUCUGAACUUCUCUGCCAAGCGUGGCGAAAAGGAAAUCCUAUCACUGGAGGAGAUCCUCGCGGAAGGUAACUCUACAGGACAACAACUGACAGCCGAAGGAAGGGGUAAUAGAAGAGAAGGAAAGGAACCAGUUUUUAGUAAAGCCCAGGCCAAGGCCCUUCAAGAAGCAAUGUACCACAGUGCCGAGAGUAAUCACCUGGAUAUAACUAUGGAGUUGCGUAGCCUGAGAGUAGGCUGGACGUUACACUGUUGGAUGCACAGUCUAUCGACAGCCCACGAGAUGCGAAUGGAUUCCAUCAUAGAUCAACUACUGCAAGACUUCCUCCAGGUCUGCCCUGAUGAAUACUCAACGCAAUUUGUACAGGAAUGUCUACCGCUUCUCUUCAACAUCUUCCGUUACAGCAAGAAAGAGGGUACAACUCUCCUUUUAGCUGAUAUCUUCUGCACGUGUUACGGCUGGGAGCCAAUAAAGCCCAUCCGGGACAUGACACUGUCAAGCGGUUCCAGGAUAGAUCCAAAAUUCGUAAACAAUUCAGAAUUGAGCGACGUGCAAUUCCGCGUGGAAGGCCGAGUCUUCUAUGGGCAUAAAAUAGUUCUGGUCACGUCAUCCCCAAGGUUCAGGAACAUGCUCAGCUCCAAACUGUGCGAAGGAAACCCACCGAUAGUUCAGAUAAACGAUAUCCGCUAUCACAUCUUUCAGAUGGUCAUGGAGUUCCUGUACCACGGAGGCUGCGCUACUCUGGAGGUAAACCAAAGCGACGUCCUGGAGUUAAUGGCAGCAGCAAACUUCUUUCAACUUGACGGUCUCCUGAGGUUCUGUGAAGCUCAAUGCUCGUCCAUGGUGGACCUGGACAAUAUUGUCUCGAUGUACAUCCAUGCCAAGGUCUACAACGCAGCCCAACUCCUGGAGUACUGCCAAGGUUUCCUACUCCAGAAUAUGGUAGCACUCCUGACUUACGACGAUUCCGUCAAGCGUUUACUCUUCGCGAAGAAGCUACCCAACCACGACGUCCUGGCUGGUCUCUUGCUGACCUUACAAGCAAGGAUAAAAGCACGCAGGCCACAGCAACAACAAAGCAAACUCAAAGCCUGAGACCUGUUUUUCUCUAUUAAUCUUCAUUAUCGUCCCGAAUUAAGAGUACACCACGAGCAUUCUCACGAAAGUUAUUUAUUUCCCUGGCUAAGGUGGCCCAACUACUUUCGAUUGGUGCUUAGUGCUCGUCCCACUUCCGCUCCUCCUCUUCGCAUUCUCACUUGAUACAUUGCUAACCGCACUGUGUUCUUUAUAUCGUGAUUGCAUCAAGAGAUAACAAACCUAUGUGUAUACUACAGUGUUUACUGUUGUGAGAUGGGAUCAACUUUACCAUAGAUAAAAACAUUCUGUUGGAGGAUGAGUGUAUAUUCGGUGAGCUAUAUAGUUUAUUUAUAUAUAUUUAAAAAAACUUUUUUAGACUGUCAACAUGUUGCCAUUGUCAAUUCAUUCCUCUUUGGAUACACCAUUAAACUUUCACGUAAAGCGUAGCCAUGAAAUUUGAUAUUCCAUCUUGUCUCGAAAACGACAGCGAUAAUAAUAACACAUAUGACGUCACGGUAAUAUAUUUUCAUUUAAUCCUUUUCUCUCAUUCGUAGAUUAGUUCUUCUCCAACGACGUUCAAUGUUAUAAUAUUAUUUAUUUCGAACGAUAAUAAUUAGUAAUAUAUACAAUAUUGAGUAAUAGUAGCAAUAAUGAUAAUGUAUCUGAUGGACUUCUCCGGUUUUGGAAUGCCUAAUAGUUAACGCAUACAGACUGUUCCUCAUAAUCAGAAUGAUCUUCUUCAUGUGAUGAAUAUAUAUGUAUAUUGUAGUAUCAAA